CUAGGCUUAAGUAGCCAAAGAUGAGUCGUGGAUUUUCAGAAAACAAUAACUUUCCGUAUGACAACAAUCAAAUGGUUUUGGAUAUGAUCCUGUGUUCCCUAAUUGGUGUUCCUCAGCCUAUCAACUGGGACAGCGUGGCAAGGCUAGUUCCAGGAUAUACAUCCAAAGAGUGUGCAAAAAGGUUUGAUGAACUAAAAAGCAGUGGAAGUUCACCUGUUGACAACCAGUAUAAUCCCCUGAUGGCCGCUGGCGGGAGUCCUGUGGAAACUUUAGCUACGUACAUCAAAUCCUCCUUGCUCGAUACACAGACAGAGUUUCAGGAGCCUGCUAUUGGGCAGGAUUCCAUUACUAUAACUGGAAGGGCCAGCACAACCUCCACAAGGAAUUGUUCUUCAGAAUCUGAGAAAGGUCCUGUGCAUAAAGGUGGAGACAGCACUGACGAAAGCCAGGGGCCAAAUAUGGUGAUCCAUGUGUGCGAUGAAGCUAAAAACCUCAAAGAAGAUUUUGUUUGUCCUCGAGACCUUUUGAUUUCAGAAAUGAAAUACUUUGCUGAAUAUCUGUCAGUGGAUGCCCAGCGCUGGGAAGAGGUGGACAUUUCAGUGCACUGUGACGUUCACAUCUUUGACUGGUUGAUAAGAUACGUUAAAAGGAACACUAAAGAUUCGGAAGCUAAUGAAAUGCCCACUUUAGAACCAUCAAAUGUCAUAUCAAUUCUUAUUUCUUCUGAGUUUUUGAAGAUGGAUUCAUUAGUAGAAAAAUGCAUUCAUUAUUGUCACAAAAAUAUGAAUGCUAUUGUAGCCACGCCAUGUAACAUGAAUUGUAUCAAUGCUAAUCUUGUCACGCACAUUGCUGAUCUCUUCACACACAAUGAAGUGGAAGAGUUGAAGGACAAAAGGGACAAAUUUAAGAGUAAACUUUUCUGCAAGAAGAUUGAGAGACUGUUUGAUCCAGAGUACCUAAAUCCAGAUUCUCGAGGAAAUGCAGCAACAUUAUACAGGUGUUGUUUAUGUAAAAAGCUGCUAACUAAAGAAACUGAAAGAAGAAUUCCAUGUGUACCAGGAAAAAUCAACAUAGAUCAACAUGGGAAUAUUGUCUAUGUUCAUAUAAGAGACAAAACCUGGGAAGUCCAUGAGUACUUAAUUGGCCUUCAUGAGGAACUGAAAUCUUGGCGGGAUGUUUAUUGGCGCCUUUGGGGGACUGUCAAUUGGUUGGCCUGCUCAAGAUGUAACCAAUCUUUCCUGUGUACUGAAUUCUCCCAUUGCCAGUACCAUUCGCAGCCAGUUCUUUAUCCAGGUGUAGCAAGUGCUCUGGGCUCGACUGGGACAGGAGUAUAUCCCUGUUGUAACCAAAAAGUACUUCGAUUUGAUCCUACAACCCUCCCAAAGGGCUGUGAAGUGAGGGAUCACAUGGUCGACUCACCUUCAGGAAAUGAAGAUGGGGACGCUUUGCCAUCUCAGACUACUAAAAUAUUGAAUGAUCUGCUUCAUCAUAGAGAUGUUAUUGUUGUUCCUUUCACUAAGGAUGAGAAUAGUGACUCUGGUAUUGGGCUCUGUGAUGAAAAAGGCAUUGAAUGUGAUGUGCUUGUAGAACCAAAUACGCCAUGGGGUCCCAAAACUGGAGAAAUCAAUGCUUUUCUUUCUCUGAAGAACUGGACUUUACAGCUGAAACAGCAGUCAUUGUUGUCUGAAGAAGAGGAGUAUACCACUGGCUCAGAGGUCACUGAGGAUGAAGUGGGGGAUGAAGAAGAAGUAUGCAGGAAACCAGGAAGAAAGGAAAAAUUAAAGAAAUCCUACAAGCACCCAAAGAAAGUGAUUUCUUCACCUAGCGUUCAGAAAAAGGAGAAGCCAUCUGACAAGUCAAGUUCCCGAGAUGCAUCUCCGUUCAUUGUGAGUAUGCAGCAGAACAAAUGGGAUGCCUCCAGGUCGCUAAGAUUCAACCAAGAUGCUCAAAGAGAAGACGAUCAGAGAAGAAUGUCUGAGAUUACAGGGCACUUGAUAAAAAUGAGACUGGGAGACCUUGAUCGAGUCAAGUCAAAAGACAGCAAAGAAUAUGCAGGAGGCAUUUAUUCUAGACUUGAAGCUCAGAUAAAGGCCUCAGCGCAGGUCAGUGCACGACAAAACAAUGCCGAGAAGAAUGCCAGGUCAAAAUCCCGUUUUGGUCAAGGCCGUCCAACAUAAGGACUCAUGAGAAAACUUUAGCCAGA